AUGGCUUCAGACCCUACUCCUCCCGCUCCCGCGCACGUGGAUGCGUCCGAGGAGGCCGAGAACACCAUGGCGGCCGAAGCUCCAGACGUCGAUGCCGGCGCUGAAGCUUUAUUAACUCUCACCAUCAUCUUGCCCGACGCCAAGGCCAGCAAGAUGCAGAUCAUGGUGUCGUCCCAAGAACAGGUUCAUGAGGUCCGCCAGUCCAUCAUCGACCUUCCGUCCGCCUUCCAGUACACAUGCUUCCACCUCGAGUUCAACGGCGAGAAGAUCAACGACUUCAUUCCCCUCGCCGAGAUUCCUGAUCUGGGCGCAACUCCCGAGUUCCACCUCGUUCAGGACCCAUACACUGAGAAAGAGGCUCGCAUCCACCUUGUGCGCAUUCGAGAGCUCAUUGGUGCCGCCGGUGACCGAUCAGACACAACCCAAGGCCUGCUUCCCGGUCUGUCCCUCUUCGAGACUGUCGCCAGCGAAGCCCAGGGCAGCACUGAGGAGUCUACUGAGGAGCUGCCCAUCAAGGACUACGACUUCCAAGCCGUGCCCUCACUUACCAGCUUGGUUCCCCAGCCCACCGAGCCGGCUCCCAAGACGGUGAAACAGAUCGCUCUGUCGUCCUGGAACCCCCCUCCUCCUCACCUGCGACAACGAGGCCACCUGCUCUACCUUGUCGUCACCACUACCGAGGGUGAGCAAUAUCAGAUCACCUCCCACGUCUCCGGCUUCUUCGUCAACAAGUCUUCCAACGCCAAGUUUGACCCCUUCCCUCGGCCAGCGCCCAAGGGCCAGUCCGCACACUCGCUGCUUAGCUUGAUCGAGCUUAUCUCACCUUCUUUCACCAACACCUUUACCCAGCUCCAGGAGUACAACAACCAGCGAGACCCUCUUGCAACCUUCCAGAUUACCAACGCCAUCCCGGCAGCUCCUUGGGUGGUGCCUUCACCUAGCUCAUCUCUGUGCACCCAUCUCCCCGAUCCUACGCGAUCUCAAGAGACUUAUCUGCUUGCUGGCGUCGAGAACACCGAUACUCUUCGCGAUUGGAACGAGGAGUUCCAGUCGGCCAAGGAGCUUCCUCGUGAGACUGUGCAGGACAGAGUCUUCCGUGAGCGCCUGAUCUCGAAGCUUUUCGCCGACUACAAUGAUGCAGCCACCCGUGGCGCUGUCAUGGUUGCCCGUGGCGAGAUUGCUCCCCUGAACCCUACAGAGUGCAAGGACGCCCAGAUCUUUGUCUACAACAACAUUUUCUUCUCCUUUGGUGCUGAUGGUGUAGGUACUUUCACUUCCGAGGGAGGUGAUGAAGCUGCUCGAGUCGCCACCGGCAAGGAUGUUGCUGGCGUCAAGCUUGUUAACCAGCUCGAUAUUGAGGGACUCUUCACUCCCGCCACCGUGGUUGUCGACUAUGUCGGAAAGCGAAUUGUCGGACAGAGCAUUGUGCCUGGAAUCUUCAAGCAGCGCGAGCCCGGUGAGAACCAGAUCGAUUAUGGUGCCGUGGACGGAAAGGAUAUUGUCGCCGCUGAUGAGCGAUUCGCCCCUGGCUUCGCCCAGCUUUCCAAGGCGCUCAAGGUCAAGAAGCACCCUGUUUGGGACAAGGAGGGCAAGCGAUUUGACCUGGAGGCUAGCGUGGAGACCAAGGGUUUGAUGGGUACUGAUGGCCGCAAAUAUGUGCUGGACCUCUACCGCAUCAGCCCUCUCGAUAUUGCUUGGCUUGACGAGGAUGGUCUCCCUGAGGAUGGCGACGCCUACCCUCACCGUAUGACUGUCCUGCGGCCUGAGCUUGUCGACUCUUUUGGACGAUACAAGAUGAAGCAGUGGGUGGAUAAGGAACUCGCUCGUAGGGCCGAGGAGAAGAAGCAAACCGAAGAAGCCAAGGAGGGCAAGGAAGAGAAGGAUGGUGAAGAGAAGGAAGGAAAGGAGGAGAAGGAUGAGAAGGAAGGCGAGGACGAGGCUUCCAAGGCUGAGAAGAACCUGCCUGACCUGUCCGACUUCAAGUUCUCGCUCAACCCUGACGCUUUCAGCGGCCAAGUGCCUCAGACCGAGGAGGAGAAGGCCGAAUUUGCCGCCGAUGAGGCAGAGGUCAGGGCAGCCGGCGCCUACCUGCGUGAGCAGGUCAUCCCCGAGUUGCUCCGUGAGCUCUCCGACUCCGAUAUCAGCUUCCCCAUGGAUGGCCAGUCUCUGAGCCGACUCCUGCACAAGCGUGGUAUCAACGUGAGGUAUCUGGGCAAGGUGGCCGAGCUCGCUAACGACGGCCGGCUGCGCUGCCUGCGCGAGAUUUGCGUCCAGGACAUGGUUGCUCGUGCUUUCAAGCACCUGUCUGCCGUGUACCUCCGCCAUCUGCCUGUGCCUAUGGUCCCUGCUUGCACUGCACACCUCCUCAACUGUCUUCUUGGCCAUAAGUUCAACUCCAAGCCUGUCGCUGAGAUUGACCCUUCUCUGCGAACUCUCUACGCUGAUGCUGAUCUCUCUUUCGAGAAGGUCACUCCCGAGAGCCUUCGGGAAGACAUUGAGGAGCAGAUUCUCAAGCGGUUCCGAUAUGAGCUCGAUGAGGACUGGCACAACCAGUUCCGCCCCGUUCAGCUCCUUCGUGAGGUGUGCCUGAAGAUCGGUAUUCAAGUCCAGGCCAAGGACUACGCUUUCACCCCCGAGGCGGCGGCUGCCACCCCUACCCCAGCUCCCAAGGCCCCCCAGCCUGCCGCCAACGGUCAGACCAACGGCGAGUCCAGCAAGAAGAAGAAGAAGAACAAGGCCCGUGACGCUUCUCCUCCCGAGGCUGCUACUUCCGCCAACGUCCACACCUUCAGCGUUGAUGACGUUGUUGACCUGGUCCCCCUGAUCAAGGACUCUUGCCCUCGCAGCGCCCUUGCUGAGGAGGCUCUCGAGGCCGGUCGUAUCUCCAUCCUCCAGAACCAGAAGAAGCUUGGCCAGGAGCUCCUGUUGGAGUCUCUGUCCCUGCACGAGCAGAUCUACGGAAUUCUGCACCCCGAGGUGGCUCGCGUUUACAACAGCCUGUCCAUGCUGUAUUACCAGCUUGAUGACAAGGAGGCUGCUGUUGAGCUGGCCCGCAAGGCCAUCAUCGUCGCCGAGCGAACUGUCGGUGUUGACUCCGCUGAGACCCUUCUCAACUACCUCAACCUGAGCCUGUUCCUUCACCAGGUUGGCGACAGCAAGGGUGCUCUGGUGUACUCCAAGCAUGCCCUGAAGAUGUGGAAGGUCAUCUAUGGCCCUGGCCACCCCGACUCCAUCACCACCAUCAACAACGCCGCCGUGAUGCUGCAGCAUCUCAAGGCCUACCACGAGUCCAGGCUCUGGUUCGAGGAGUCCCUCCGAGUGUGCGAGUCUGUCUUUGGCAAGCAGUCAGUCAACUCCGCCACUCUGCUCUUCCAACUGGCACAGGCUCUUGCCCUUGACCGCGACUCUAAGGGAGCCGUCAACCGCAUGCGCGAGUCCUACAACGUCUUCCUUGCCGAGCUUGGACCCGAGGACAAGAACACCAAGGAGGCCGAGAGCUGGCUGGAGCAACUCACCCAGAACGCCGUCUCCAUCGCCAAGCACGCCAAGGACGUUGCUGCUCGCCGACUCCGAUCCGGAAUCCGAUUCAACGCAACCGCGUCUCAGGCGCAGGCGCAGAACGCCGCGGCCCCCGGACGCCCUGGCCCAGGUGCCCAGGUCGACUCCCGCAGCAUUGAUGAGCUCAUCAAGUUCAUCGAGGGUGGCGAGCAGGGGGCUAAGAGCUCCAAGAAGCGACCUAGCCGUGGAAACCCUAAGAGGCGAGGCCAGGCUGGUGCCCGAUAA